AUGGCAAGCAAUGUUAGCGGUUUGGCGGCUGCCAUUCGAGGAGCCACAGAGAGUGAAACGUUUGAUCUCGCAGGUCAAAAUGUUGCCACCAUCUCGACCAACAUUCGGAAUGCCUUUAGUGAGCCAUUUCCGUUGGACAAAAUGAUUCGCAUCACCUUUGUGACGGGAGGGGGCAAGCUUGCACGGGGCAAAUAUGACGCUGACGCAGCCAAAGCUGUCACAUCCACACUGAGAGAGCUGGGAUUUGACGAUGACAAGGGAGCCAGUGCUGUCUUGGAGUGUGCCAAGCUCUUCAAGCUGCAACAUGACACAGGCAAGAAUUUGAAAACGGUCGUCGUCUUUCCGGCUGUGGUUGGACCAUCGGCGGCGUCGAGUGGAGCAGAAGAGGGGAUGCAAAACCUGUCUGUGAACGGAGGCGGUGGCUCGUUGCUGCCAGAAUCGAGUCCGGAGGGUAGCAUCGCCUUCUCAUCCAUGACAGUCUUUGAGAGAAUGGUGGCCAGCAAAUGCCAAACAUGGACGCAAAAAAAAGGAUGCAACCUGGCGAUGGGUUCCAUCAAAACGACACUGGAAGAGGUCGAGGGAAAGCUCAUGACGGGGACCACACUGACAGAUCCAGAACAAUCCUUUUAUGACAGUGUUUCCAUGUCGGCAUUGGAAGAAAAACAGGCAUUCGUCAAAGCACAAAUGGCGAAACAAGUAGAAGACGGAAAACUCACUGCACCCGAACGCAAUCAACUGUUGGAACAAGUAGCAGAGCGAUUGGCCAAUCUCAACAAAGAAAAGGAAGAGGCAGAAGCAGCUGGCAAAGCCAAGCGAGGGCAACAAUUAUCCAACAUGAUUGCAAAAGCAGAAGAACGAAAAUCCAAACUUGAAAAGAUUGUGGCCAAAUCGCCUCCACCUCUCAAACACGAAGCAGAAAUUGGCAAACUGCGAAAAGAGCUAGAGCCACUCUUGGACGUGCAUCCAAGGGCCGCCUGCUGUCCGUCAAAGAAACUCAAGCGCUGGGACGGAAAGAGGAAAUAG